AUGCCCCAGCCCUGCUGUUGUCCAGCCCCAGCUCACAGCUCUCAGGACAGGACAGGAAUCCCCUCUGCCUCAAGGCCAGCAAACCGGACUCAGACUCUCCUCACGGCAGCUGCCCGAGAGAAGCCCCCCGGCGGGGGUUUCUCCACUCCCCACCAUGCCAAGUUGUUCCUGUCCUGGGAGGGUCACACGAGGCAGAAAACAAAGCCAGGCCUGCUCCUGGCACCAGAGCCCAUGCCUGCCUCGGGAGAUGACCAAGCUCCCCUGCCAGGGGCUAAAUCUGGCAUCUGGCUGCCGUGUGUCCUGGCCCUGCCACUCGACCUCCAGCGCCUGACAGAUGGGAGAGGCACUGAAGACCACCAGGUCUCAGUCUGGGUGUCUAGCUCACUUCUCUGGAGCUGGGCUCUGGGACCAUCCGUCCCCACCACGGAGACCCCAGCUCUGACCUCCCUUCCCUCCUGCCCCCAGUCCCACCGGAAGUUCUCCGCCCCUCGGCAUGGACACCUGGGCUUUCUGCCCCACAAGAGGAGCCGCCGGCACCGGGGCAAAGUGAAGACGUGGCCGCGGGAUGACCCCAGCCAGCCCGUGCACCUCACGGCUUUCCUGGGCUACAAGGCCGGCAUGACACACACUCUGCGGGAAGUGCACCGGCCAGGGCUCAAAAUUUCCAAGCGGGAGGAGGUGGAGGCAGUGACGAUUGUGGAGACGCCGCCUCUGGUGGUGGUGGGCAUCGUGGGCUAUGUGGCUACCCCUCGAGGCCUGCGGAGCUUCAAGACCAUCUUUGCAGAACACCUCAGCGACGAGUGCCGACGCCGCUUCUACAAGGACUGGCACAAGAGCAAGAAGAAGGCCUUCACCAAGGCCUGCAAGCGGUGGCACGGCAGUGGCGGCAAGAAGCAGCUCCAGGAAGACUUCGCCGCCAUGAAGAAGCACUGCAAGGUCAUCCGGGUCAUUGUCCACACCCAGAUGAAGCUGCUGCCCUUCCGGCAGAAGAAGGCCCACAUCAUGGAGAUCCAGCUGAACGGCGGCACGGUGGCUGAGAAGGUGGCCUGGGCCCAGGCCCAGCUGGAGAAGCAGGUGCCGGUGCACAGCGUUUUCAGCCAGAAUGAGGUCAUUGAUGUCAUUGCUGUCACCAAGGGCCGGGGUGUCAAAGGGGUCACGAGUCGCUGGCAUACCAAGAAGCUGCCUCGGAAGACCCACAAGGGGCUGCGCAAGGUGGCCUGCAUUGGUGCUUGGCACCCAGCCCGCGUGGGCUGCUCCAUCGCCCGGGCUGGGCAGAAGGGCUACCACCACCGCACGGAGCUCAACAAGAAGAUCUACCGCAUCGGCCGGGGGCUGCACAUGGAGGACGGGAAAGUGGUCAAGAGCAGUGCAUCCACCAGCUAUGACUUGACCGACAAGUCCAUCACACCGCUGGGCAGCUUUCCCCACUACGGGGAAGUCAACAACGACUUCGUCAUGCUGAAGGGUUGCAUCGCGGGCACCAAGAAGCGUGUCAUCACACUGAGGAAGUCCCUCCUGGUGCACCACAGCCGCCGGGCCCUGGAGAAUAUCGAACUCAAGUUCAUCGACACCACCUCCAAGUUCGGCCAUGGCCGCUUCCAGACAGCCCAAGAAAAGAGGGUCUUCAUGGGUCCCCAGAAGAAGCAUCUUGAGAAGGAAAAGCCGGAGACCUCAGGAGACUUGUAGGCGGCACUGGGAUGGAGGGAGCCCGAAAGAAGAGCGGCGCGACCCCUGCCUGUCCCCCCUAAUAAAGGCCGGAGGCAACUCUUCCCGUGGUGUCUCAGAGUUGGGGGCACGGAAGGGCCGGCCGACGGCCAGUGGCUGCGGACUUAGCACCAGGGCAAGCCGAGCGGCCGCGGCUCUGAGGGUGCGGCGUGGCUGCC